CUGUCUGCAAACCAGAAUUCACUAUUGUGUAAUAAGAAUUGCCUAACACAAAAUAAAAGUUCUUUGGUUGAAGGCUUAUCGAUGUUCACCUUGCUUGGAAGUGGAGGCAAUAUUUGAAGAGAAAGUAAGUGCGCACGUGAAUUAAAUAUUCAAAAAGUUGCAAAUAUACACGAUAUUACUCACUUCGUUGCCUCACCCAUGGUUCUAAACACUUCAAUUAACAGAAAAUGUAUUCGACAAUUUUGAGUCAUUAUUUAAUAAUACACGAAUUAGAAGAAACAUAAAACCAGUGCUUUAAUAUAAAACGAGUAUAAAGAAAACAAAUAAGUGCCUGUUGACAUGAGUGCUAGUGAUUGUUAUUGAGUUUGAAAUGUGAAAAACAUUGUUCAGAGCCAAAAAUGUGAAUUUUGUGAGUUUAAAAUGGCUUUGGUUAAAAAUUGUUUUUGUUGUAGUGUGCAAAUUGCAUCCGGUUUCUUUGCAGCAUAUUUGUUGAUCGCCUACUUGAUAGCAUUCGCAUUCGAAUUACUAUGGAUUUUAGAAUCGGAGGUGGCCUUGCCUUCUGCAUCGGUACUGUUGUGUGUAGGAUAUUUCGCAAUGGCCCUGUUUGCAGCAAUGUUAAUCCACGGUUUAGCAACGAAAAACGCUAUCUGUUUGCUUAUUUGGAUGUUAGCUGUAACCCUCCUCACAUUUCCGGAGGCCGGUUUGGUAAUAUAUAUGAGCAUUCAAUAUUGGAGAAUCGAAAGCCUGUAUGGGGUAACAGAAUUAACAUGUUGGCUUAUUAGAAUACUAAUAAAUGUGAUAGAAAUCAUUCUUAUCCAUUCUUUGCAUGCAAUGUGGAAAGAAGAGGAAUUACUACAUAAGAGAAUCAGAGACUUAAAUAUGGUGGCCAUAUCUCUACCAGGUGAAAAUUUGUCACCUUUAAAUAGCCAGUUUUACCAGAAUAACGCAUAUGAGCUAUCUACGGAACAUCUCAACACAAUACCAAGGUAUGGAUCAACUCCUAACUUAUGGAGCAAUUCGAUACCAAAUAAUAUGAUGAUGAGUUUGCCCUAUGAUGGUUGCCAAUUUUUUACUACCAGUGAAUUUAAUGCUAGCAUAUUUGUGCCCAAUUUUGAACACAAUGACUUUGGAAGCUUAUCCCAUAAAAGAGCGCAAUCUCUGAUGGACCUACGACUUCUAGAAGAGCACACCAUACUAAGCGAAAAACUAAACCAUCAGUACCAGCCCUGGUUAACCGAAACAAUAUCAGAAACGAGCAGUGCAAUUAUUCCGAACAACGACAUUCCUCCGAAAACGUCGAAGUUAAAAAAAUGUCAAUCAGUAGACGCUUUAAAUGUAAUUAACAAAAGUAGCCAUAUUAUCAAAAAUCGGACAGGAUUUUACGCCCAGCCCAUUGCGAAUUAUGGAGUUCCUAUCUACUACGGCCCAUUGGAUGGUCCCGACUUUUUGAUAUAUAAAAAGAAAAUUGACAAAUUCUCGAGUAAAAACUCUCUAACAAAUACCACUAAUACCUCUGCUGAGGAUGUACAGAAAUAUAGAGAUGUUGCUCUAUGAAAUAACUAUUAUAUAAGUUUGAAAAAACCUGUGAUAAUCAAAACCGUCCAUAGAUUCUUUUACUUAUAUGUUGAGUUAUUGGACUUUAAAAGAAGUGUUUGGUUACCAGAAAUGAUGCUCCUGAGACCAUUUCUUUUGAUUUAUUGUAUAUUUGAUUUCCCAAUAAUUAUGUGUCUACCAGCAAUUUAGGUGUCAUAUUAAUUCUUCUUUUCUAAGAUGUCCUAAGAGGGCUUCAUUAUAUGUAUAGUGUAAAUUACAAAUUAAAUCAAAGUUAUUUAAUAUCACAAUUAUCAACAUUCACUGUUUUCGGAAGAAGAGGACGUAGAAGAAAACGAAAUAUUUUAACGACAUCUAGACACCGCAUACAAUCAGUCACCAAAAAUAUGACAUAAAAAUAAUAAUCGGGGACAUGAAUGCUAAGAUUGGAAAAUAACUCGAAUACCUACAUGGUAACAAUAGGUAAGCAUAGCCCCCAUGAUCCAUGAAACAACUAAUGAAACUGGAAGUCUACUAAUAGAUAGCCUACUGCUAGUAUACAGUGCUAGCGGUUUAGACCGGUACAUUGCUGAUGCCUUAGUAGAAUAGAUUCCUAGCAUCCCCCGAUGGUACAGAUAUACCUGGGUUAAUAGUUUACUUAAUCGUGAUUACAGCUCACUUCCUCUUUCCUCGUUAGAAGUCGCUAAAGGCAUACGUUGAUGGAAUAUUUAAAUAUUACAUUUACCACCCUCACAACACGCAAGCUAGAAGAAAUGUAUACCACAUUCUCAAAUGCCUCAAAAAAUAUGGGCCUGCAAGUAAACGAGGAGAAAACUAAGAUGGUGGCAUCAGCACCCAACAAUAGAGACAGAAACAUCGGUCACCAAUUCACGGUUGAUAACUCUACCUUUGAAGUGGUGGACAAAUUCACAUACUUAGGCUCCCUGAUCACCAAGGAGAACGUCAUGACGGAAGAAAUCAAGCGAAGGAUAAUUCUAGCAAACAAUUGCUAUUUUGGUCUGAGUAGACAUAAUGAGAAGCAGAAACUUAAGCCAAAAAACAAAAAUAACCAUAUACAAAACCCUUGUUGACAUAUGGAUCAGAGGCAUGGACCAUCUCCGAGGCAGAUGAAAACCUUCUGCUUAUAUUUGAACGAAGGAUCCUGAGAGGAAUAUUCGGUGGUAUCUGUGAAAAUGGUGUUCGUAGAAGGAGGUACAACUACGAGGUAUACCACAGAUAUAAACAAAAAUUUGGUGGUAAAGACGUUGUAUCUCUUAUAAGAACAGAAAGACUAAGAUAGGCAGGACAUCUAGCAAGAUCACAGCAGAACAACCCUACUAGAAGAAUUCUUGUCACAACCUGUGGGAAGUAGAAAUAGGGGUAGGCCAAAACUCAGAUGGAAGGAUGGUGUGGAUGAGGAUGGGAGAAACAUAGGACAGCAAACUGGCAACGGUUGGCAAUGUAUAGGACUGACUGGCGUUAUAGACUUGGGAAUGUCGAGAAAAUUUGAAAUUUAUGGUGCCUGCAUAAAAGCAGACAGUAUAAUUAUUAGAAUACACCUAAUUUGUAAUAGAUCAAAUAGAAACGAAAAGAUACGAAUAAAAUCCAAAGUGUGCUUUGGAUAGCAGAAAUUAACAUACUAAGAAGCAUAGACUACAGAACAAGAAGAGACAACAUAUAAGAAUCCAAGAUAUAAGAGUAUAUUAUCCAAGUUGUAAUAAGACGGGAAAGACUAUGACGUUAAAGGUAUAGUCACCAAAGAAUGGAGAACAACAGACUACCGAGAAUUAUUCUAUAAGGAAGACUUGACUUACCUGAUCUUUUUCCGUUGACCUUUCUAAGGAGCAUAGAGCAUCCAGUAGAAUCUCCCAUCCAGUUCCUCAGCUCACCUCAAGUCUUCCCAAUACUUCGUGCUUUCUUGUCAAUAGUCCUCCUACACCUAGCUCGAUAUUUAUCUCCCUUUCUUGUUCCUUGAGGAUUCCAGCUCAAAGAGCUUUCUUUUUAAUAGCAACACCUGAUAUACUACGGGCCGGUUGUUCGAACGCUAAUCAAAAAUGGAAUAAACUGAUCCUUACAGUGGCGGCUGGUCAGAGGAGGCAAGAAAGGCUUAGCCUCCCCAUAAAUUUUUUACACAUGCCAGACUGUUUUGUUUACUUUGCUAUUUUGCUUCGCGUUAGAGAUAUCGGAAAAAGUUAUAUUAUUUGAACAAGUUAUUCCAAAUAAUAGUCUAACCCCACAUACCAAAUUUCAUCACAAAAUUCGUACUUUUAGUUUUUUCAUUAUUUGUAGUCAGGAUCCUAAAAUCGCAGAGGAGGGUGCUGGCUGGAAAAUCUCACUUGCUAAUGCUCCGCGCAGCCCAGCAGCGUUUAAGGAUGGUUUAAGGAGACCCGGUCCUCGAUUUUUGAGCCUUCGCUUCGUUAUCGAACGUAUUCGCUUCGUAUCUGUUUAGUAUACGUAGCGAAUACGUUCGAUAACGAAGCGAAGGGUCAAAAACCGAGGCCCUGGUCUCCUUAGAGCUGCAUUAUCGCUUAACGCACACGCUGCCCGGAGAUUGGGCAAGGGCAGCUAAUCGGCCAGCAUCCUCCUCUGCGAUUUUAGGAUCCUGACUACAAAUAAUGAAAAAAACUAAAAGUGCGAAUUUUGUGAUGAACUUUGGAAUGUGGGACUAGAAUAAUAUUUGGAACAACUUGUUCAAAUAACUUUUUCCGAUAUCUGUAAUGCAAAGCCAAAUAUCGGUAAUUUAAUGUGUUUUUGGAUUCGCAGUAGGCCGUUUUUAGAAUUAAAAAAAUUCAGUUGAGUAUCGUAAAAAAUGUGAACCUUCAACCUGUAUGGACUGCAAAACUUCAAAUCUGUAUUUAUUUUGAUAUGUAUAUCACUUACAGAGAUAGAAUUGUUAACAAAUAAACGACACAAACUUUGGUAAUACACUUUUACAAUUAGACUAACUAUUUUUAAAAUGAUAUAUUAUGAAGAUAUUAUAAAAUGUAAAUAAAAAAUGGUCAAAAAAAUGGGGCCUUAAAUUAGUUUUUUUUUGCGGAUUUUUUUUGCUAGUGCAAAUUUGUCUAGAUAUUUUAGUUAGGUAUAGCCUCCCCUAUUGUAAAAAUCACGAGCCGCCACUGAAUCCUUAUCAAAUAUUUAAUUACUGUCACCAACUGUCAAUGUCAACUUUGGGUUGCUGAAAACAUAAUUGAUUACAAUUAUGAGAUUUAUUAAUCAAUUAUGUUAAUAACUGUUAUUUUAAUUAAUAAUUAAUUAAUCAAUCAAUUAUGUUAAUUAUCAUAAUGAUAAUUAACAUAAUUGAUUACAAUCAACUGAUUGACGUACGAAUGAGGGGUGUUUUUAUUUGAUGGUUGUUAAGGGGACUUAAUUAUAAUUAACUUCUUGAUUAGAGUUCGAACAACCGGCCGGCCCUUAGAGUGUUUAUUAAGGCCUCCACUUCCUUUCUGUUAUUUUCAUUUAAGCACUGGUUCUUCCUAUCUCCCUCCACAAUUAUUCAUUUAAAAAGGUCUCUAAAAAGGUCUGAGAGUAGGUACUAUCGAUAAACACCUGAAACUGAGAUUUUAUUCUUCGAUCUAUUUUCCAGAUCUCACAGGUCUAAAAUACCUACAACAAAAUUUACGUUGGUGUUGAAGGUGCGAAUAUUGGUAUUUCAGGAGGUAUAUCUCUUUCUUCAGAUACGGUGGAACAAAUUCAGCAUUGGCCUUCCUAAUGCGAUGUUUAACAUCAUUCAGGACCCUGUAUCCGCUAUUACAACGCUUCCUAUGUAUACAAAGGAGUAGUGAUGUUGAAAAAGUAACUAUUCGUUACAAAGUACUCGUUACUUACGAAUACCGAAAGUAACGAUUACUAUACAGAGAGGCAAAUCGUUACUUUGAUUACUCUGAUUACUUCUUUAUUUCAUACCAAUCGUAUUAGAGCGAGUAACGACUAUUGUAUAUACUUUGAUUACUCUGAUUACUUCGUUACUUCGUACCAAUCGUAUCAGAGCGAGUAAAGACUAUUGUAUCUACUUUGAUUACUCUGAUUACUUCGUACUUCGUGAAGGUCUUUAUUAUAUCGGAAUACCUAUACAAAAUACCUACCUACUGAGAAAUACGAUUCUCGAUAUGAUUACCGGUACUCAAAUACAAAAGUAACAAAAGUAAUCAUAGUAAUCAAAGUAACGAAUACUGUAAAUGAUUACUUUAUACAAAAGUAACGAUUUGUAACGAAUACUCAAAAAUAACUAUAAUCAACAUCACUACAAAGGAGUCGACUUCUUCUUCCAUAUGAUCUCUAACAUCCAAGUUCUUAUAUAUUUGCCCCGCCUAAUCUUAUGUUCUUGGUCUUAGGAAUAUAAAGCUUGAGCUUAACGUUACAAUGCAAUUAAUUAGUUUCAUAUGGGUAAACGUAUUCUUUAAGUGCCUUCUCCCCAAUCGGAGGUUGAAUAUCAUCAUCACUAUCUUUACUCGAUCAACCGCUGCUCCGAAGAGUUAUUCUAUAUACCAGACAAGUUACCAAAAAAUUAGAGAUCUAAGAAAAAUAUGACAGAUCGAAAAAAUAAAACAGUUUAUUGUUCCCAGAAGGUAUUAAAAAAUUAAACGAGACACACAAACAACUUUUUGAACAAUUACAAUUUUACUCUGGUGCUGAUGCAAUGUGAGUCAUACGAAAUAUAAAAUACGAUAAUACGAAAUUUUGUAUAUUUUUCAUGUAUUGUAUGUUUAAUAAAAUCUAAUGUAUAUAUUGUACAAAUAAAUUAUAUUUUUAACAAUUAA